AGCAAGAGAACAACUCUGUCAUCCUGUGCUGACACAGACAGAAAGCUCCUGCCCUGAUCGUUCACUCACACAUACUUUUACAACACACAACUCCUCAACUUCCUAAGGACCAGCCUGCUUCUCUCCACAAACUCAGACAACACAGAGAACACCUUCUCCGCAAGGAUUACACUCCUUUUCCUCUCCUUUUUCCUCCACGUUCCAGGGGACACUUGGACUUUUUCCUCCAACUUCAGCACUAGUCUCCUCAGUGCUGCGUCUCCGUCCAGCUCUCUCCUAGAGGACCAGAUCCACACUCUCACCCUGCGACCGGGAGAACCAUUUCAAGACUCCUGGCAGACAGAGGAACCUAGACUUCAAAGUUUGGAGCAUCUGUUCUUUUCUUUUUUUCUCCAGACAGUAUUUUUUUCUCCCUGCUCUCUGUCUCCUCUCGUGGUUUCAGCCAACUAACUAACUAACUGUAGCUCUCCAGGAUGUCAGCGUUGCUGCUGUGUGGGAUGUUGCUGCUGGGUUUCCUCCAGGGCUGCUCCACCUCCCUCCCUGCCUCCGGCACCUCUUCGGCAGGCACGUUUCUGGCCGAGACCCCCUCCCAGCUCCAGCCCCAGGGUCAGGGUGUGGAGGAAGAGGGGGCGCUCUGCCCAUCCUGUGCCCUGGCCCACCUGAGGACUCUCCAGCAGGGUCAGGGAGGAGCGGAGCAGCGGGGGGAGGAGAAGGUGGAGGAGGAGGGGGCAGCCCAACCUGAGGUGGUGGAAGCGGUAAAACGCCACAUCCUGAACAUGCUGCACCUGCAAGCUCGACCCAACAUCACGCACCCGGUGCCGCGCGCAGCCCUGCUCAACGCCAUACGCAAGCUGCACGUGGGCCGCGUGGGCGAGGACGGGAGCGUGCAGAUCGAGGACGAGGGACUCGGACGCUCGGACGCCAGCGAGUCCGCGGAACAGACAGAGAUCAUCACGUUCGCCGAGGCUGGUGAUUCUCCGGGUGUGGUGAACUUUGCCGUCUCCAAGGAGGGAGGCAGCGAGCUCUCAUUGGUGGAGCAGGCUAACGUGUGGCUCUUUCUGAGGCUGGCCAAUAAGAACUCCCGUAGCCGAGCCAAGGUCACCAUCCAUAUUCUGCAGCAGGUCCGCCUCCCCGGAGACACCGCAGCCACCAUGACGGAGGUUCCGCUAGCUGAGAAGCUGGUUGAUACGCGGCGCAGUGGCUGGCACACUUUCCCUGUGUCCAAAACUGUGCAGGCGCUCCUGGAUGCAGGCGGAGCAGGGGGGGACGUUGCCUCCGGAGGAACCCUCAGCCUCCGCGUUUCCUGUCCGCUCUGUGCCGAGGCCGGGGCCACGCCCAUCCUGAUGUCAGCAUCGGCCAAUGGGAACUCGGAGCGCGGCCAGCAGCGAGAGCAGUCUCACCGGCCCUUCCUCAUGGCGGUGGUGCGUCCGGCGGACGGCGGCGAGCCCCGGAGGAGACGGAAGCGUGGGCUGGAGUGUGACGGGAAGGUCCGAGUCUGCUGCAAGCGCCAGUUCUACGUCAACUUCAAAGACAUCGGCUGGAACGACUGGAUCAUAGCCCCACCCGGUUACCACGCCAACUACUGCGAAGGCGACUGCCCGGGUCACGUGGCGAGCAUCACGGGCUCCUCCCUCUCCUUCCACUCCACGGUGAUAAACCACUACCGCAUGCGAGGCUACAGCCCCUUCCAGAACCUCAAGUCGUGCUGCGUCCCCACAAGGCUACGCGCCAUGUCCAUGCUCUACUACAACGAGGAGCAGAAGAUCGUCAAGAAGGACAUCCAGAACAUGAUCGUAGAGGAGUGCGGCUGCUCGUAGAGGACGAGGAGGAGAGAGAGAUGGAGGGAUGGAGGAAUGGAGGAUGGAUGGAUGGAGGGAUGAGACUCUUGAUCGAGUGUGGCUGCUUCAGAAGCCUGGAAAGAGAGGUUGAAGGAUGGAGAGAUGGAGGGAUGGAGAGGUGGAUGGAGGGAUGGAGAGAUGGCGGGAUGAGAUGAACUUCAAAACUCAAAGUCCGAAUCUGAAAGAACAGAAGAGGGAAAGAGCAGGAAGGAGAGAGCACCUGGGAGAACGAACGCAUGACUUUGCUGUCUUUCUCUCUUUAUCUCUCUCUCCAUCUCUCCCUCCAUCUUUCUGCCUCUCUCUCUCCAGAGCGCCAGCAAGGCACAGCUCCAGAACUCAGAGUUACCAUCUCUGUGGCACUUUCAGAAUAAAGAAAAAAAAAGAAUCUAUAAUAUAUAUUUUUGUUACAAAUGGAGAGAGAGAGGUUGAGGGGAUAUUUAUGGCGGGCUCUCCACUCAUGCACUGUAUCUCCCUCACAGGACUAUGAUCAUGAGGUUCCUGACAAAUCUCAAAACUAUGCAACUUAUCAAGUAUUAUUCUGGUUUAUUUUCCUUUUAUACUGUAUGUUUCCUUUCUCAAUUGUUUACUUUUUUUCUUUCUUUUUUAAAAAAAAAAAAGGAGGAAGACCUUUUUGAUACUUAUUUUGGAAGUAUGUUAAGUGUGUAUUUUUGUGUGUGUGAGUGUUUGUGUGUGUGUUUAUCUAUAUAUGUCUGUACCUGUGUGUGAGUUCAUCCAAGUGUGUGUGUGUGUUGUUGAGAGAUACUUGAAAGAAACGAGUUGGACCAGCUGCUGGAACCAAACAUGUCUCUACAUAUAAUUAUCCUUAUUUUGUAUUAUUAAUAAUAUUAUUUUUCUUUUCGGAUACUUUUGUUAAUAAUAAUAAUAAUAAUAAUAAUAAUAAUGUUUUGUUUAAAGAAGAAAAUAAAUGUUGGUAUGUUUUCUGUUUGCACUAUAUCCCAACAUUCUGUCUGGCCCAGUCACCAAUAUCGAAAAGGUACUCUUAAAAAAUGAAAGGUUAAAAAAGCACUUAGUCUAUUGAGCAUGAGAGCUGUUGCCAGAGAAAAGACAAAGACAAGAUGAAGGAGACAGAAAGAGAGUGAGGGGGGGAUACAAUUACUGUUUAUGGACUACAGGAUCUUAAUGUUGUUUCUGACACCAAAGAGUCUGUUUGUGUGUUGUUCAUGUCUGUCAUCUUAGCAGCAUUAUCAUCGUUAGCUUAACAACCUCCCCUGUGUUGAGACUCAGACUCCCACAAUGCUUUUCUAACCUGUGCUUAUCUCAAUGCUGUGUUUGUAAGAGAGUGGCUUAUUGUUGUAAUUGAAAAAAGAAGCACUUAGGCCUCCACAGGUCAAUGUUGUCGUGUUUUGGGAGACAUGUUUGUCCCUUGUUGCAUAUGGAAGUUGUGAGUGUGUGUUUGGACAUAUUUAGAUGUAUCAAACCUGUCAAAAGCAUUUUUUUAUGACUUUUCUCACCAAAAAUGUAAAAGUCCCUUCUCACCUAGAUGAAGUCAUGGGGGCCGUGUUUGAAUCGUCUCGCUGUGCCUCCUUCAUUUCCUUCUCCUGUCCCUUAAAGAACCACUGACCGAGAUGGACUCUAAUUGAAUGAAGGAAAGAAGGAAGGACAUUUAAAGUGUGGAAACACACCCUCCUGGAGGAAUUGUCUCUUGGUAGAACAGAUCUUGGAGGAGACACUUUCAACUGUGUUGACACUCAUUCGUAUCAUAAUUUUGUCAAAGCUGUACGGUGUGACGUGAACAUGGAAAUGACAUAACAAAAUGUAAAAACAAAAGUAAAAAAAAAAACAUUUAAACCAUGAGCGAAAAAAGAAAAAAAGUUAGUAUUUGUUAUCAUUUCGUUUUUAUCAAGAGAAAAGAAUUGACACUGAAACAAGUGGACAAAGAAUAAAAAGUAUAUUUUUUAUUCUGUAUAUAUGGAAAUCCAGAUACCAAUAUGUUGCAUAGCUUUGUUGUACAAAUCAAAUUGUGCUUGUGGCUAAGUUUUUUAAUCUAAUUUAUUUUACAGUAUUUUUGUUUUGCUUCACCAUUAAAGAUGUACACUA